UGACAUUGACAGAUAAAGUUUACUCAAGCAAGCUUCAUAAAUAAAAAUCGAAUCCGUCCGCCGAUCUACUUAUAAUAAUCCGUCUUUCUGCAAAAAUAGAAGUUUCCUGCUAGGUAUAUUCACCCACCACACAUCAUGUCUCUACAAGAGCAAUUUGACAAAGCCGCUGAGGAUGUUAAGAAGCUGAAGACAUCUCCUGCUGAUGCUGACCUUCUAGACAUCUACGGGUGGUUCAAGCAGGCUACCGUUGGGGAUGCUGAUCCUGCCAACAAGCCUGGGUUCCUAGACUUCAAGGGCAAGGCUAAGUUCGACGCUUGGUCAAAGAACAAGGGCAAAUCCAAGGAGGAGGCCCAAAAGGCCUACAUCGCGAAGGUCGAGGGCCUCAUCGCCUCCAUCGGCCUCCAAUAAGCAAAAUAAAGGAGGCGAGGCAACUGUGGCGUCGGUUUUGUGUGGUGAUCUUUAUAUUAAUAGAAAAUUCUAGAACCAUCUCGGUGUUAUACAAUCAGUCUUAAAUGGCUACUUAAAAAUUUGGUACACUUUUUACAAUGUACCUAUAGUAGGCAUAUGGUUACAAUUACAAACAUAUAUUUGUUUCGAUGUGUGUAAUACUGCACACAGACUAGGACUGAGCCGUAAAGUACCUAUACUUAGUUUGUUUUUCUUUUAAUAUGAAGGUCGAAUAUAAGCAUCUACUCAUCCUGUGUACGACUGACGUUUUUAUGAGAGACCGAACGUAAUAAUUUAUUACUGCAUUUAUGCCGUAAAACCUCUUGACACUUCCGUUGCUCUUCCGCUCAUCUCAUAAGGAAACUAAAUAUUUAUAAUUUCGGUUUAGGCACAAUUAGUAUAAGAUGUUGAACAUCACAAUAUAAGCAUCACAAUGUUGUGUUUAUGGUCUUCUCUCUGGUGCAAUGACUUUAUUGUUAUACAUUUUUUAUAUUGCUUAUGGAAUAAAAUCAGUUUGAAACUGUA